UCGUCUUACUCCGCAUCAGAUUCUGAUCUUCCAUCCUCGGGUUCGGCAUCAUCGGGAUCGACGGUUCGUCAUAGCAUGGACUCGACCAUCCGUCCUCCGGUCCAGGUGGCCGUCAUUCGAUGCCUGCGGUGCGCCAGAGCCGAAGAGAUUACGUCGACAGACGACCCCAGCUUGUCGGGCAUGGUCCAGAUUGGGACCAACAUUUACUACUGCCAGCGGUGUGCAAAGAUGGUCGGCUAC